GCCCUGGCUGCGAUUGCCCUCUAGGCUGCGCGCUGCGCGUCCGAGGGCCGCGCUAGCCGUGCCGCCCUCAUUUCAUUUUUUUUCUGAAGAUUCUGAUGCUUGGACUAUUGAUGCCUCGCGCCGAGGCUGCUGCUACCGACCAUUGACCACUCCGCUCUUUCACAUGGACUCUGCGCGGGCCGCGGCUGCGCCAUGCAGGCUGUCGUGCCCGUGCUGCUGUAUAUGUACCACAUAUCGUACUAGUAUCGUGACCCUUGCUUUUACUAUCGCUGUCCUUGCGCCUCGCGAUGAAAGGAGGCGCACGCACGCACGCUCUUUCUGGCAGGCGUACUCUGGUUCGGGCGUUGUAUGUAGACUAGACCAUGCGGACGCUGUGCGAUCUGCCGUGUGCCAUACUUGUUGUGUUUGUUAGUGUUCUAUAUCAUGGACUGUGCUGACCUCAGCUUGUUGAUACCAUAGCAAUUCCAAUGUGCAUCGUUCAUGUUUGCUUCCCA